AGGAAGUAGUGUAAUAUAAUUGGGAGAGUUUCACUCACCCCCACCACAACUCUGCGGAGCAAAACACCUCCUUCCCCCUCCCCGCUGCUGCAGGUGCCAACUUCAUGUAUGUAGCUCAUGCAAUUUGAGCAGCGUUCACAUUUUCCAUCAAUUGAUUCGGUUUCACUGCGAAAUUGCAUUCAAACUUCCUGUUAUCAGUCACUCUGUAAAUAUCACUGGACCAAACUCACUGUUUCAAUCCGUAAACCCUAGCCUCUAAUCUGAACCCCAGUUCGGCAGUAUUUCUUCAGCUUUGACAAACCUAGGGCUUGUUCAACAUGAGUCCCGUUCAGAACUUCGAGCAGCACGCCCGCAAUCUCAUCGAACCAGACUUACCAAUCCAGACGAGGCUUCAAAUGGUGAUGGAGGUGCGGGACAGUUUAGAAAUAACGCACACAGGGGAGUAUCUGAACUUUCUCAAAUGCUAUUUUGGUUCGUUUUCUGUGAUUAUGUAUCACAUGACAAAGCCACAGUCAAUGGAUAAUCCUGAGCACAAGCUUAGGAACAUUGUGGUUGAGAUACUGAAUCGUUUGCCACACAGUGAAGUGCUCCGGCCUUUCGUCCAGGAGCUGCUGAAGGUGGCUAUGCAUGUUCUGAAGACAGAUAACGAGGAGNAUUUUUCAAAUGGGUUUCUGGAUCAGCAAUCCAGACGAGGCUUCAAAUGGUGAUGGAGGUGCGGGACAGUUUAGAAAUAACGCACACAGGGGAGUAUCUGAACUUUCUCAAAUGCUAUUUUGGUUCGUUUUCUGUGAUUAUGUAUCACAUGACAAAGCCACAGUCAAUGGAUAAUCCUGAGCACAAGCUUAGGAACAUUGUGGUUGAGAUACUGAAUCGUUUGCCACACAGUGAAGUGCUCCGGCCUUUCGUCCAGGAGCUGCUGAAGGUGGCUAUGCAUGUUCUGAAGACAGAUAACGAGGAGAAUGGUCUAAUUUGCAUCCGAAUAAUCUUUGACUUGCUUCGUAACUUUAGGCCUACUUUAGAGACAGAAGUUCAACCCUUUUUGGAUUUUGUAUGUAAAAUCUACCAAAAUUUUAGGGCAACAGUUAGUUAUUUUUUUGAGAGUGGGGCAUUCACAGCUCCUCCACCACUGCCACCAUCCAGUUCAGGGUCUACAUUGAGUGAGGGGGAUGCAAGACCAAUGGAGAUAUCCGAUCAAGUAGGUCCCACAAGCGGUAACACUGGGACUGGGCUGCUUAAUCCCAGUGUUAGGUCGUUUAAGAUUGUUACGGAGAGUCCAUUGGUGGUGAUGUUCCUUUUUCAGUUAUAUAACCGACUGAUUCAGACAAAUAUCCCUCAUUUGCUUCCACUGAUGGUUUCUGCCAUAUCUGUCCCUGGCCCUGAAAAAGUUCCACCUCACUUGAAAUCCCACUUUAUUGAACUGAAGGGUGCACAAGUUAAGACUGUUUCUUUUUUGACUUAUUUGUUGAAGAGCUGUGCUGAUUAUAUUAAGCCUCAUGAAGAAAAUAUUUGCAAGAGCAUUGUAAAUUUGCUUGUCACAUGCCCUGAUUCAGUUUCUAUUCGAAAGGAAUUAUUGGUGGCCUUGAAACAUGUUCUUGGCACAGAUUUCAAGAGGGGUUUAUUUCCUCUGAUUGACACACUUCUGGAGGAAAGGGUGCUUCUUGGGACGGGACGGGCAUGCUUUGAGUCACUAAGGCCUUUGGCUUAUAGUCUACUGGCAGAAAUUGUUCACCAUGUUAGGGCAGAUCUUUCUUUGUCACAGCUGUCUCGGAUAAUUUACCUAUUUUCAAGCAACAUGCAUGAUGCUUCGUUGGCCUUGGGCAUCCAUACAACCUGUGCUCGCUUAAUGUUGAAUCUGGUGGAGCCAAUUUUUGAAAAAGGUCUUGACCAAUCGACGAUGGAUGAAGCUCGCAUUUUGUUGGGUCGGAUAUUGGAUGCUUUCGUUGGAAAGUUCAACACUUUUAAGCGGACUAUUCCCCAGUUACUUGAAGAAGGAGAGGGGAAAAGCCGAUCUACUUUGAGGUCAAAACUUGAACUUCCAGUGCAGGCAGUACUGAAUUUGCAAGUCCCGGUGGAACAUUCCAAGGAAGUCAGUGAUUGCAAACAUUUAAUCAAAACCUUAGUUAUGGGAAUGAAGACGAUAAUUUGGAGUAUUACUCAUGCACAUUUUCCACGCUCCCAGGUUUCUUCAUCAACACAUGGGACACCACCUGUGCUCGCUUCGUCAUCUUCUUGUUUGUCAGUACCUCAACCUUUCAAAGGAAUGAGAGAGGAUGAGGUUUGGAAAGCCUCUGGCGUUCUUAAAAGUGGUGUGCAUUGCUUGGCAUUAUUCAAGGAGAGGGAUGAAGAGAGAGAGAUGAUCCAGCUUUUUUCUCAGAUUUUGUCCAUUAUGGAGCCACGAGAUCUAAUGGACAUGUUUUCCUUGUGCAUGCCGGAUCUCUUUGAGUGCAUGAUUUCCAACAGUCAGCUAGUUCAUAUCUUUUCAACGCUUCUGCAAGCUCCUAAAGUGUUCAAACCAUUUGCAGAUGUUCUGGUUAAUUUUCUUGUUAACAACAGACUAGAUGUCCUGAAGCAUCCUGAUUCACCUUCAGCUAAACUUGUGUUGCAUCUUUUUCGAUUUUUAUUUGGUGCUGUAGCCAAGGCUCCUUCGGACUGCGAGCGUAUUCUACAGCAUCAUAUACCUGUUAUAAUGGAAACUUGUAUGAAAAAUUCAACUGAGGUUGAGAAACCAAUUGGUUUUCUUCAGCUCCUACGUACUAUGUUUCGUGCUCUUGCUGGUGGAAAAUUUGAAGGACUAUUGCGAGACUUGAUCGCUAUGCUGCAACCUUGCCUGGCUAUGUUGUUGGCUAUGCUAGAGGGACCUACUGGUGAAGACAUGCAGGAGCUUCUCUUAGAACUUUGCUUAACACUUCCUGCACGAUUAAGUUCAUUGCUACCCCACCUUCCUCGUCUAAUGAAGCCUCUUGUCAUGUGUCUCAAAGGAAGUGAUGAACUUGUGAGUCUUGGUCUAAGAACACUUGAGUUUUGGAUUGAUAGCCUAAAUCCUGACUUUCUAGAACCGAGUAUGGCAAAUGUUAUGUCUGAGGUGAUUUUGGCAUUAUGGUCUCAUUUGAGACCCGCAUCUUAUCCUUGGGGUGGCAAAUCAUUGCAGCUCCUUGGAAAGCUAGGUGGCCGUAAUAGACGUUUUCUCAAAGAGCCCCUCGCUCUUGAAUGCAAGGAAAUUCCAGAGCAUGGGCUUCGCGUGAUUCUUACAUUUGAGCCUUCAACCCAAUUUUUGGUACCACUUGAUCGCUGUAUAAACCUUGCUGUAGCAGCUCUGAUGCAUAAAAAUGCUGGUGUGGAUGUUUUUUACCGAAAACAAGCAUUGAAAUUCUUGCGUGCAUGCUUGUCAUCUCAACUUAAUCUGCCAGGUAUUGCUAAUGAUGAGGCCUCAACAUCCAGGCUGCUGUCGGCUAUGUUAGUUUCCACAGUUGACACAUCCUGGAGAAAAUCUGAGAUGUCUGAUGUAAAGGCUGACUUGGGCGUCAAGACAAAGACCCAGCUUCUUGCUGAGAAAUCUGUUUUCAAGACCCUCUUGACAACCAUCAUUGCUGCAAGUGCUGAAUCUGAUUUACAUGAUCCCAAAGAUGAAUAUGUUGUCUGUGUUUGUCGCCAUUUUGCAGUAUUGUUCCAUGUAGAAAAUGUUGCUGCCCACAGCUCUGUUCCAGCUGCUCAAAUUAGUAUGUCUAUGCUUUCAAACACCUCCAGCAUCACUGCCAAGCCGAGAUUUGGUUCAUCUUCCAAUCUUAAGGAGUUGGACCCCCUGAUCUUUCUGGAUGCUUUAGUGGAGGUUCUAGCAAACGAAAAUAGACAGCACACUACAGCUGCAUUGAAUGCACUGAAUGUCUUUGCAGAAACACUUUUAUUCCUUUCCCGCUCAAAACAUGCGGACACACACAUGCCAAGAGGUGGUCCAAGUACUCCUAUGGUUGUCUCUAGCCCAUCAAUGAGUCCUGUGUAUUCACCGCCCCCUAGUGUUCGUGUACCUAUAUUUGAGCAGCUUUUACCCAGACUUUUGCAUUGUUGCUAUGGUUGUACUUGGCAAGCACAAAUUGGCGGAGUCAUGGGGCUUGGUGCUUUGGUGGGAAAGGUCACUGUUGAAACACUCUGCCUUUUCCAAGUUAGAAUUGUUAGAGGUCUGGUUUAUGUUCUCAAGAGGCUUCCUAGUCAUGCUGCUAAAGAGCAGGAGGAGACAAGCCAAGUGCUUACGCAUGUUCUCCGCAUGGUGAAUAAUGUUGAUGAAGCUAACAAUGAAGCACACAAGCAGAGUUUCCAAGAACAAACCCUGAAAACCGGUCAUCCUGACCAUCACUUCAAAGUCUUAACGAACUUGGUUACAUGGUUGGAAACGAAGUCGGAGAAUAUCAAGCGGGUUGGGACGGUUACUGCCCUUAACUUCUGCCUUGCUUUAAGACCCCCUCUGCUAAAGCUGACUCAGGAACUAGUCAGUUUCCUUCAAGAAGCUCUACAAAUAGCAGAGGCUGAUGAAACUGUGUGGGUAAUGAAAUAUAUGAACCCUAAGGUGGCGGCCUUACUGAACAAACUCCGCACAGCAUGUAUUGAAUUACUAUGCACUGCCAUGGCAUGGGCAGAUUUCAAAACUCAAAACCAUGCUGAAUUACGUUCAAAAAUAAUUUCAAUGUUUUUCAAGUGUCUAACAAGCAGAAAUUCAGAAAUUGUAGCUGUUGCAAAGGAGGGUUUACGACAGGUUAUACUACAGCAAAAGAUGCCCAAGGAUUUGUUGCAGAGCAGCCUUCGACCAAUAUUAGUUAACUUGGCACAUACUAAAAAUCUCAGCAUGCCACUUUUACAAGGUCUAGCUCGCCUUCUAGAGCUUCUAUCCAACUGGUUCAAUGUAACCUUAGGCGGAAAGCUGUUAGAACACUUAAGGAAAUGGUUAGAACCUGAAAAACUUGCACAGUGCCAAAAAUCAUGGAAGGCAGGUGAAGAACCCAAAAUUGCUUCUGCUAUUAUUGAGCUUUUCCAUCUGCUUCCCUCAGCAGCUGGGAAGUUUCUUGAUGAACUUGUGACCCUGACAAUAGAUUUAGAAGCUGCCCUUCCACCUGGACAAUUUUAUAGUGAGAUUAACAGUCCGUACCGACUUCCACUAACCAAAUUUUUGAAUAGGUAUCCAACAGCUUCUGUUGAUUACUUUCUUGCUCGGCUAUGCCAGCCAAAAUACUUCAGACGGUUUAUGUACAUAAUAAGGUCAGAUGCUGGCCAGCCUUUGCGAGAUGAACUAGCAAAGUCACCUGAUAAGAUAAUUGCAAGUGCAUUCCCAGAAUUCGCUUCAAAAACUGAUGCUGCAACUGGACAUGAACCUGGCAAUAGACAAAAGACAUUGGUAGGUGAUGAAGCUUUUGCAACUCAUCAAUCCGAGAGUUCUAUACCAUCUUCAACUUUGGGUGGCAUGCAAGAUGCUUACUUCCAGGGCCUUGCCUUGGUUAAGACUUUGGUCAAGUUGAUGCCUACAUGGCUGCAGAACAACCGCAUCGUCUUUGACACUUUGGUUAUGAUGUGGAAGUCACCUGCAAGAAUCUCACGGCUCCAAAAUGAGCAGGAGCUGAACUUGGUGCAAGUCAAGGAGAGCAAAUGGCUUGUUAAGUGUUUCCUGAAUUACUUGCAACAUGAAAAGGCUGAAAUGAAUGUUCUAUUUGAUAUCCUCUCUGUCUUCUUGUUUCGUACUCGCAUAGACUUUACCUUUCUUAAGGAGUUCUACAUUAUAGAGGUUGCUGAGAGUUAUCCGCCUGAAAUGAAGAAAGCUUUGCUCCUCCAUUUUCUGAACCUUUUCCAGUUAAAGCAACUUGGUCAUGAUCACUUAGUUGUCAUUAUGCAAAUGCUUGUUCUUCCAAUGCUUGCUCAUGCCUUUCAGAAUGGGCAAACCUGGGAGGUUGUUGAUUCUGCUAUAGUAAAGACAAUUGUUGAUAGGCUUCUUGACCCUCCAGAAGAGGUGUCUGCUGAUUACGAUGAGCCAUUGAGGAUUGAGCUUCUACAACUUGCAACAUUGCUUCUCAAGUAUCUUCAGACUGAUCUUGUUCAUCAUCGAAAGGAGCUUAUUAAAUUUGGUUGGAAUCAUCUUAAACGUGAAGAUAGUGCCAGUAAGCAGUGGGCAUUUGUAAACGUUUGCCAUUUCUUAGAGGCUUAUCAAGCUCCAGAGAAGAUUAUACUUCAGGUUUUUGUUGCACUCCUCCGAACUUGCCAGCCAGAGAACAAACUGUUGGUCAAGCAAGCACUUGAUAUACUUAUGCCUGCACUUCCACAAAGGUUGCCUCUUGGUGAUUCCCGCAUGCCAAUCUGGAUACGUUAUACAAAAAAGAUUCUUGUUGAGGAAGGUCAUUCUAUCCCUAAUCUGAUACACAUAUUCCAGCUCAUUGUUCGCCAUUCAGAUCUAUUCUACAGCUGCAGAGCACAAUUUGUUCCUCAGAUGGUAAAUUCCCUAAGUCGCCUUGGAUUGCCAUACAACACUACAGCAGAAAAUAGACGACUUGCCAUUGAACUUGCUGGGUUGGUAGUGAAUUGGGAAAGGCAAAGGCAAAAUGAAAUGAAAGUGGUGCCUAAUCAUGAUACCACUGGCCAGAUUGGCGAUAGGUCGAGCCAUGUUUCUGUGGAUUCCAAGAAUCAUGUGGAUGUAUCAUCAUUUUCAGAAGAUCCCAGUAAGCGAGUCAAGGUAGAACCUGGUCUGCAAUCCCUCUGUGUCAUGUCACCAGGGGGCGUCUCAUCAAUUCCUAACAUUGAAACCCCUGGAUCAGCUGGGCAACCUGAUGAAGAGUUUAAACCGAAUGCAGCAAUGGAAGAAAUGAUUAUAAAUUUCCUUAUACGAGUAGCCUUGGUAAUAGAACCAAAGGACAGAGAAGCUAGUCUGAUGUAUAAACAGGCCUUGGAUCUCUUAUCACAAGCUUUGGAAGUCUGGCCCAAUGCCAAUGUAAAAUUUAAUUAUCUAGAUAAGCUUCUUAGCAGUAUUCCUCCUCAGUCGAAGGAUCCAUCCACAGCUCUUGCCCAGGGCCUAGAUGUGAUGAACAAAGUUUUGGAGAAACAACCUCAUCUCUUUGUCCGAAACAAUAUCAGCCAGAUCUCACAAAUUUUAGAGCCAUGUUUCAAGUUCAAAAUGUUAGAUGCUGGGAAGUCAUUGUGUUCUUUGUUGAAGAUGGUUUCCCUUGCUUAUCCUCCUAACCAAUCUAAUACUCCACAAGAAGUGCGAAUGUUAUAUCAAAAAGUGGAGGAGCUCAUACAGAAGCACCUUUCUGUGGUUGCAGCACCUCAAACAUCAGGAGAAGACAGUUCAGGGAGCAUCAUUAGCUUUGUCCUUUAUGUGAUCAAAACAUUAGUGGAGGUGCACAAAAAUUUCAUCGACCCAACUAGUCUGGUACAUGUUCUUCAACGGCUGGCACGAGAUAUGGGUUCUUCCAUUGGUUCUCAUAUUAGACAGGGUCAGAGGUCAGAUCCAGAUUCUGCAGUCACUUCUUCCCGCCAAGGCGCUGAUGUUGGAGUUGUCAUUGCUAACCUAAAAGCUGUAUUGAGUCUGAUCAGUGAACGGGUCAUGUCAGUUCCAGAAUGCAAACGAUCCGUAACUCAAAUAUUGAAUUCAUUGCUCUCCGAAAAGGGAACCGACCCUUCUGUGUUGAUGUGCAUACUAGAUGUAGUAAAACGAUGGAUUGAAGAUGAUUUUGGUAGAUCUGGAGCUGCUGCAGCAUCUAAUACUUGCCUUACUCAGAAGGAUGUGGUUUCUUUCAUUCAAAGGCUUUCGCAAGUUGAUAAACAGAACUUCUCCAAUGCUGUGGACGAGUGGGACCAGAAAUAUCUCUCGCUUCUUUAUGGACUUUGUGCUGACUCGAGCAAGUAUCCUUUCUCCUUGCGUCAGGAAGUUUUCCAAAAAGUAGAGAGGCAAUUUUUGCUUGGAUUACGGGCAAAAGAUCCUGAAAUGCGGAUGAAGUUCUUCUCUCUUUAUCACGAAUCCCUUGGGAAGACCCUCUUCUCUAGAUUGCAGUACAUUAUCCAAUUACAAGACUGGGAGGCAUUGAACGAUGUUUUUUGGCUUAAGCAAGGUCUUGAUCUUCUCCUGGCCAUUUUAGUUGAGGACAAGCCCAUAACGCUGGCUCCAAAUUCUGCCAAGGUUCCUCCGCUGAUGAUAUCUGCUUCAGUUGCUGAUAGCACUGCCGUACAACCAAUGAUAUUGGAUGCUGAAGAAGGUUCUGAGGAAGCUCCCCUAACUUUUGAUGGUCUUGUGUCGAAGCAUGCACACUUUUUGAAUGAAAUGAGCAGGCUUAAGGUUGCUGAUCUAGUUCUCCCACUGAGAGAGCUGGCACAUACAGAUGCGAAUGUGGCUUACCACCUUUGGGUUUUGGUAUUCCCCAUUGUUUGGGUCACCUUGCUCAAAGAAGAGCAAGUUGCCCUUGCUAAGCCAAUGAUAACUCUGCUCUCAAAAGAUUAUCAUAAAAGGCAGGCUAUGCAGCGACCAAAUGUUGUUCAAGCUCUUUUAGAAGGACUUCAGCUAAGUCAUCCUCAACCUCGAAUGCCCAGUGAGCUCAUUAAAUACAUUGGAAAGACAUAUAAUGCAUGGCACAUUGCUCUAGCAUUGCUGGAAAGUCAUGUGAUGCUAUUCAUAAAUGACACUAAGUGCUCUGAAUCUUUGGCUGAGCUUUACCGGUCAAUCAAUGAAGAAGAUAUGAGGUGUGGAUUAUGGAAAAAACGGUCAGUUUCAGCAGAAACGCGGGCUGGGCUCUCCCUUGUGCAGCAUGGGUAUUGGCAGCGUGCUCAAAGCAUUUUUCAACAAGCCAUGCUUAAGGCAACUCAAGGUACUUAUAACAAUUCCGUUCCUAAAGCAGAGAUGUGUCUGUGGGAAGAGCAGUGGCUAUCUUGUGCUUCCCAACUUAGUCAAUGGGAUGCACUAGUAGACUUCGGGAAGGCAGUUGAGAAUUAUGAGAUUUUACUUGACAGUCUGUGGAAGCAGCCUGAUUGGGCGUAUUUGAAAGAUCAAGUUAUUCCAAAGGCUCAAGUUGAGGAGACCCCAAAGCUCCGUAUCAUACAAGCCUAUUUUGCUCUUCAUGAAAAGAAUACUAAUGGAGUGGCGGAGGCUGAAAGCAUUGUCGGGAAAGGAGUUGAUCUUGCCCUGGAACAGUGGUGGCAGUUGCCGGAUAUGUCCAUUCAUUCAAGAAUUCCUCUUCUACAGCAAUUCCAACAACUGGUUGAAGUUCAGGAAUCAUCUCGUAUCAUUGUUGACAUUGCCAACGGAAACAAAAUUCCUGGAAACUCUGUUGUUGGUGUUCAUGGUGCGGCAUAUGCGGAUCUGAAGGAUAUACUUGAGACAUGGAGACUGAGGACUCCUAAUGAAUGGGAUAACUUGUCUGUUUGGUAUGAUUUGUUUCAAUGGAGGAAUGAAAUGUAUAAUGCAGUCAUUGAUGCAUUUAAGGACUUCGGUUCUACAAAUUCUCAAUUGCAUCAUCUUGGGUAUCGUGAUAAGGCAUGGAAUGUAAAUAAACUUGCCCAUAUUGCUCGGAAACAAGGACUUCAUGACGUCUGUGUGUCUAUUCUGGAGAAAUUGUAUGGGCAUUCAACGAUGGAAGUUCAGGAAGCCUUUGUAAAAAUUAGGGAACAAGUCAAAGCUUAUCUAGAAAUGAAGGGAGAGCUAACAAGCGGUCUUAAUUUGAUCAACAAUACUAAUCUGGAAUAUUUUUCUGUCAAACACAAAGCUGAAAUUUUUCGUCUUAAGGCAGAUUUCUUGUUGAAGCUUAAUGAUUGUGAAGGGGCAAACAUUUCAUAUUCAAAUGCUAUUUCCCUUUUCAAGAAUUUGCCUAAAGGAUGGAUUAGCUGGGGCAAUUAUUGUCAUAUGGUUUACAAAGAUGCCCACGAGGAAAUAUGGCUGGAGUAUGCAGUCAGCUGCUUUUUACAAGGGAUCAAGUUUGGGAGCCCUAAUUCUAGAAGCCACCUUGCUCGUGUUUUAUAUCUUCUGAGCUUUGACACUUCAAGUGAGCCUGUAGGAAGAGCAUUUGAUAAAUAUUUUGACCAAAUACCCGAUUGGGUUUGGCUUUCUUGGAUCCCUCAGCUGCUACUUUCCUUACAGAGGAAUGAGGCUCCUCAUUGCAAACUUGUUCUAUUAAAAAUUGCUACUGUGUAUCCACAGGCAUUGUAUUACUGGUUGCGCACGUAUUUACUUGAACGCCGUGAUGUUGCAAAUAAAUCUGAAUAUAGUAGAAUGGCAAUGGCCCAACAAAGAAUGCAGCAGAAUGUCUCUGCUGCCAAUGUAGCUGGGUCUAUGGGGUUUGCUGAGGGAAAUGCUAGAGUAACUGGUCAGAAUGGUGGUUCAAGUGCUGCAGAGAAUCAUGUCUCUCAAGGAACUCAGACUGGAGGGGUUGGCUCUCAUGAUGGCAGUAGCUCUCAUGUUGCUGAACCUGAAAGGUCAACACAUGUUGAAGGUGGCAUGCCUUCUGGAACUGACCCAUCUUUAAACCAGAGCUCUUCUUCUGGUGAUGGUGGUCAGAAUUUGUUAAGGCGUAGUACUAACUUAGGUUUGGGGUCUUCGGCAGCUAGUGCAUUUGAUGCUGCAAAAGAUAUAAUGGAGACACUGAGAAGUAAGCAUGCCAACCUUGCUAGUGAACUUGAGAUCUUGCUCACGGAAAUUGGUUCAAGAUUUGUCACUUUACCAGAAGAGAGAUUGCUAGCUGUUGUUAAUGCUUUGCUACAUCGAUGUUACAAAUACCCAACCGCAACUAUAGCUGAAGUUCCACAAUCUUUGAAGAAGGAGCUGUCUGGUGUCUGUAGGGCUUGUUUUUCAGCAGAUGCUGUGAGCAAACAUGUAGAUUUUGUAAGAGAGUACAAACACGAGUUUGAACGAGAUCUUGAUCCUGAUAGUACAUCAACGUUCCCAGCUACACUUUCGGAACUCACAGAACGGCUGAAGCACUGGAAAAAUGUUCUGCAAAGCAAUGUUGAGGACCGUUAUCCCGCUGGUCUGAAGCUUGAAGACGAGAGCAGGGUGUUGCGAGACUUCCAUGUUGUUGAUGUGGAAGUUCCAGGACAAUAUUUUUCUGACCAGGAAGUAGCACCUGAUCAUACAGUGAAGUUGGACAGGGUGGGAUCUGAUGUUCAAAUUGUUAGGAGGCAUGGAAGCAGUUUCCGACGUUUGACACUGAUUGGGUCUGAUGGUUCACAACGUCAUUUUAUCGUCCAGACAUCAUUGACACCAAAUGCUAGAAGUGAUGAACGGAUCUUGCAACUUUUCCGAGUUAUGAACAGAAUGUUUGACAAGCAUAAGGAAUCCAGAAAGAGACACAUAUGUAUUCACACACCAAUCAUCAUACCUGUGUGGUCGCAGGUCCGCAUGGUGGAAGAUGAUUUGAUGUAUAACACACUCCUUGAGGUAUAUGAGAACCACUGUGCUAGAAAUGCUCGGGAGGCAGACCAACCGGUAACAUAUUUCAAGGAGCAGCUUAACCAAGCAAUAUCUGGGCAAAUGCCAGCAGAAGCUGUUGUUGACCUUCGGCUUCAAGCAUAUAGUGACAUUGCAAAGACGUUAGUGGAUGACACUAUAUUUUCGCAGUAUAUGUACAAAACCCUCUUGAGCGGAAAUCAUAUGUGGACAUUCAAAAAGCAGUUUGCCAUUCAGUUGGCAAUCUCAAGCUUCAUGUCAUUCAUGCUCCAAAUUGGAGGCCGGUCCCCCAACAAGAUAUUGUUUGCCAAAAACACAGGGAAGAUAUUCCAGACUGAUUUCCAUCCUACGUAUGAUGCAAACGGAAUGAUUGAAUACAAUGAACCUGUGCCCUUCCGCUUGACGAGGAACUUGCAAUCAUUUUUCUCCCAUUUUGGAGUGGAAGGACUCAUCGUUUCUUCUAUGUGCGCGACAGCACAAGCUGUGGUUUCCCCUAAACAAAUCCAGCAUCUGUGGUACCACUUGGCGAUGUUUUUCCGUGAUGAGCUUGUAUCUUGGUCGUGGAGAAGACCCAUAGGGAUGGGAGGUUGUCCUGUUGUCACCACUGCAGGCAAUUUGACCCCUGUUGAGCUCAAACAAAAGAUAACUACAAAUGUUGAGCAUGUAAUUGGCCGGGUCAACGAAAUAGCACCACAGUUCAUCUCUGAAGAGGAUGAGAACGCGAUGGAUCCUCCACAAUCUGUGCAGAGAGGAGUGGCUGAAUUGGUCGAAGCUGCCCUUACUCCGAGGAAUUUGUGCAUGAUGGACCCGACUUGGCAUCCCUGGUUUUGAUUCUUUUUUUUUUGCACCCACCGUGCGUACUUCCCUACUCUGCUUCCAUCUCUGUGUAGGUAGGGUAAAACUGAUCCAUACUGCCCUGUAUUAGAACAAACCCAGUAAAGUCCCACAGAAGUAGUGUCUGUGAGGGUUUCUGUGAGCUUCCUAGCUCUCUCCCGCUGCGUAUGUAUAUAUGUAUAUUUAUUUGCGUGUGAAUAAAAUUAAGUUUGAAGUAGAGACAACCGCCAAUUGAGCAAUUGUGCUCUUUUGUUUAUUUUCAGUGGGAGCAGCAGAAACCAAAACUGCCUAUAUUUAUGUUAAUGCCUCUUGAAAUUAAAUGGUAGAACUGUCAAACAGGUUUGUGAGGUUAACAUUUUGGCACUUCUUUAGGUUUGUCCCAUU